AUGAGGGCGCUGUGUUUAAACUUUGCCAUCACCUGUCUGUGGCUUCUCCCUACAUCGGUCCAAGAUACAGCCACGCCCGUGGACUUUCAGAGCCACCAAUGGAGAGAGGAGGAAGGAGAAACAGGAGACGCUGUGGGAGCUGCUUUGAAAGUCAAAGAUUUACAGAUCAUUUCCACCAAACAAAAAACACCUGCUUACGGCUCUCUGGGCCCGUACGGAUGGCCUCAGAACUUCUCCCAAGCCCUAGAUCAGUAUCUGUACCGCCCUCCUCUUAAAUCCAAACCUCUCCCAAAAACUUCCACAAAGGCCAAGAAGAUCCUGGGCUGGGGCGAUUUUUACUUCAACGUGAAAACAGUGAAGUUCAGCCUCCUGGUGACGGGGAAAAUUGUGGACCACAUCAACGGCACGUUCAGCGUCUACUUCCGCCACAACUCUUCCCGUCUGGGGAACAUAUCCGUCAGCAUCGUCCCGCCCUCCAAAGCUGUUGGAUGGGAGGUUUUGGCUCCAGCAGCUGAGGGUGUUCACACUAAAAACUCAGUCCUGGUUCCAGAUCUGACGUCCCAGUCCCAGAGCCCGCCUCAGUCCACCAGCUCUACUCCUGCAGAGCCGCAGAAGCAGCAGCAGGACGUGAUGAUGGUGACCGAACUCAACUGCAGGAUCGAGUACCAGAGAACCAACCGGUCCAAGAAGACCAAGCCCUGUCUGUACGACCCGGGGCAAACCUGCUACUCAGAAAACACACAGUCCCAGGCAGCCUGGAUCUGCGCCAAACCCUUUAAGGUUAUAUGCAUCUUCAUCGCCUUCACCGGCACCGAUUACAGGCUGGUGCAGAAAGUUUGUCCAGACCACAACUUUCAGACAGAGCAGAACCAGCAGCACUUCGGAUGA